GCAAUAAUAAUUUUAUUUUUAACCAACAUAAACAAUAAAAGUAUUCGAUAUUUGUUUAUCAUUUUAUGAACAAAAAGUUCCUUAUAUAGAAAAACAACAACAUGAAUAUUAUGGAUGAAUAUGAAAAUGUAAUGACAACAUUGAAAAUAUUAAUUAUUGGUGAAAGUUUUGUUGGUAAAUCCAGCCUUUUAAUUGCCUAUACUGAUGAUACAUUUUCCGAUGAUGUUGGAGCAACGAUUGGUGUGGAUUUUAAAACGAAAAAAAUCAAAAUCGAUGGAAAUCUAAUCAAUCUAGCCAUAUGGGAUACGGCUGGUUCAGAAAGAUUUCGUGCAUUGACACCAAAUUUUUAUCGUGGUGCACAUGGUGUAAUAUUUGUUUACGAUGUAACGGCAAGAAAAACGUUUGAAAAACUAAAUAGCUGGCUAGAUGAAGUGAAUGCAUAUGCGGAUAAACCGAAUAUUGUUAAAAUGUUGGUCGGUAAUAAGAUUGAUAAAGAUAAUCGUGAAGUAUCCCGCCAUGAUGGUAUGCUUUGGGCACGUAGUCAUAAUACAUUGUUUAUUGAAGCAAGUGCCAAAACACGUGAAGAAGUUGGUUGUGCAUUUGAAGAAUUGGUGGAAAAAAUCCUACAAACACCUGGUUUAUGGGAUUCGAAUAAAACGACUAAAACGAUAAAUCUUGAAUCAAAAACAAACAAAUCGGCUGUAUCUACAUGUUGUGGUGGUUAUUUUAGUUGAUCAUUUUUUCUGUUAAAAAUUCAUUUAUUAUCAUUAAAAAAAAGAAAAUUCUUGUUACA